AUGGCAUCAACAUCUCUUGCAAAACAGUUACAAAAAUUAAGUGCUCCUCAAACAUCAAUAUUGAGUUUGGGCCACAAAAAAACAUCAUUGCUUAUUCAACCACAAGAUAUAGGAAAUCAUGAUUUGUCAUCAUUUUUCGAAGUUGGCCUGAAAGGUCUUAAUGAGCUGUGUGGUAUCAAUAUAAAAUUUAUCAAAUUUAAAUCAACAUUAUUUAGCCAUUCGUGGCAGACUAAGCAAAGGGCAAUUUUGAAUCUAUCUGAAAACCAAAAGAUUGAUUCUUUGAUUGAGGAGUUUUUGUGUUUGUUAUCUCCUUAUUUUAAUUCGAAGCCAGCAUUAUAUGCUCUUGAGUGGCUAGUACAUCGAUUUAAUAUUGAACAAUACAAUACAGACAUUUUACUUGGCUACGCUUUACCAUAUGUUUCAACCCAAGUAUUUACAAGGUUAAUACAAGUGAUUCCUCUUAAGAAUAACCCUGAAGUUGCAAAAAAUUGGUGGUGGUUAACCAGAUCUAGAAAAACUGGUGUUCAAAUUAAUGAACAAAGUUUUAUUGCAGAAGCAAUUAAUGAUACGAGGUUAUUAAAACUAAUUUGUUCUAUUAUCAUUAAAGUGAUUGAUGAACAUAAAGAUAAUGAAGAAUUAGUAACAGUUUGGACUAAUUUUUAUGCCAAACUUUUAGUUGCUGCUUUUACAUCAUCCUCUAUUUCAAAGAAUAAUUUAAUAACAAUAUUUCUUCCAUCAAUAGUUGCUGGACUUGAAUCUGACGCUCGACCAUUCACAGUUUCUUCUUUAAUAGUUAUUGGUGUUAUGUCCAAGUAUAUAACAUACACAGAAAAAUUACGAUCAAGUUUAGUUAAAAAAAUUUUAAUGGUUAAACAUGAACAGCUAUAUUAUAAUUGUACUUUGUUAUUGAGUGUUAUUUUCAAAUCAACAAGAAAUUCAUCAAAUGUCAAAAUUCCCAAUUCUUGUAUUAAAUAUAUGGCUGAACACUCCAAUUUACAAAUUGAGGCUUUUAAAAAACUUUUAAAAUGUGACAAAAGCAUAUUCUAUUUAUUAACUGUUCGAGAUACCAUAAUGCUUUCAAAAAAAGAAAAAUCCAUUUGUUCAUUUGCUUCUGAUUUAAUAAAUUUAAUAGAUUUGAAUGAAGAUGACUAUACAACUGAAUUAGUAAAAUUAAUAAUUGACUCUUCUAAUAAUGAACCCUGGUAUUUAGAAAUAGCUAAGAGUGUUAAAAAUAAAUACAAAACUGCUUGGAAGGAUUCAAUUAAGUUGUUACAUGAUUCACCUUCUGUAGAAAAUAACAAAUUCAUAAGUACAUUAGAGGUUGAUGAUGUAACGUCAUAUGAUGAUGAGAAAAUGGACGUUGACGUAAUUAUUGAAGAACCAGAAAAUAAUAAAAUGGAAAUUGAAGAUAGUAUAUUUACUAAACAAUAUUCAAGUGAUGAAGAACGUAUUCAAGUAUACUGUGAAAGUUUAUGGAUUGGAAACAUUAAGAUUACACAAAUUUGCAAUAGUCUUAACUCACUAAUCAAUAAAAAUGUUUCGUUUUUAGUAUCAUUAACCCCCGGGAACGUUGUAAUUCCAACCUUAUUGUGUUGUUUGGCUUCUGAUACACAACAUAUUAGAAAAACAACAAUAACUUUCCUCAAAAAGUUGAAUAGAACCUACAAAGACACAAGCUCUUCAUCUUAUAUGUGGUUAAUAAAAAAUAUCAUUAGUAAACGUCAAAAUAUUCUAGUAGAUGGUGAUCAAAUUCGCCUUAUUUUAAUGAUUGCAUUACAAUCUGAUAACAUAGAUGCUAAAAAUACAUUGGAAAUGCUAUUUAAAACCGCAUGUAAUUUCGAUAUAUCUUCUGCAUUACGACUAAAAAUAUUUGAUGUUUUUUCAGCACUCAAUUCAUCAAAUGUGUGUCUAAGUGUGAUGACCCAUGGUCUUGAAUUAUUACAAAAAACACAAAUUGAUGUAGCUGAAUCACAUAUUUUUAAAUUUGCUCUUAACAAACUUCAUCCUAGUGUCAUAGAUUGGUUUAGCAUAUGGCCUAUAUGUGAAAAGUAUUUAAAGGAAACAACUCCUAUAUUAAACUUUGGAACAGGAAAAUUGACAUGUCCAGUCACAAUUUUUGUUCAGAGCCUAACAACAGAAAUGUUUAACACGAUGUCUGAUGAUUUGAAAUUGAAGUUAAUAAAGACUCUACUUGAUUUACAAGCUAAAGUUGAAGAUAAUGAUAUUAUAGACUCCAUUAAAAGUUUUAUUCAUGAAGUUAGCUUUGACAGUAUAAUGUUCAUUUCUCAUCUUGAAAAAAUGUAUGAUGAUUCACCCAACAGUGUGCUAUGGAAAAAUGGAAUUGCCUUAUUGGAAUUAAUUCAAAAUAAAAACAGUUUAGAAAAUGUUACUAGAUUGACUCCAGUUUUAUUUCAUAUACUAAAAAAAUGCUUAGAGUUUGAAGAUCAGUCUAGUUUACUCGAGUACACAAAACAAUUGUGUUUAAGUUGUAUACUAAAUUGCUGUACAAUGACUAAAAAUGAGACAGAAAAAUCUAAAGUUUCUGAACAUCUUAACCUUGAAUUAAUUGUCUCAACCAUGCGUUUAUCUCCAAAUCAACAAACUCAACAUCAUGCAUUAAUUCUAUUGUCGAACUGUGCUCAAAUGGUACCAGACCAAAUUAUUUUACACGUAAUGACCAUAUUCACUUUUAUGGGUAAUUCCGUUAUGCGCCAAGAUGAUGAGUAUACAUUUAAAAUUACUUGUCAAGUGCUCAAUACUAUAAUCCCUAUUUUAUUAAAGGAAGGCCAAGUUGUGACUAGAAAAGCAUUAUCAGUAUUUGCUCGUAGUAUUUUGGAUAUACCUGAGCAUAGACGAGGAACAUUAUUGAGAUACCUUGUGCAAGCUUUGAAUACCAACAGUUAUUUAUGGGAACUAAUUGUACUUGUACAUAAAGAAUACAUAUCUGGUACAAUCGGUACUAAAAAUAAAGUGUCUAGUAAUACUAUUUGUUUGGAUAUCUGUGCUGAAUGUCCAAUAAAUGUUUUACUUGAUAUGUGUAACAAUAUUUUAAAUUACUGUAAAUUUAUAGAACUUAAAAAAGGAGAAUCUGAUCAAGAAACAUUAAUUGACAUUUCAAACUAUUCUGUAAACAAAUUACAUAAAUUAAAAUAUUGUUUGGUAUCUUUUAUUACAAACCUACUAUCGUCAUAUAUAUUUGUGUCCAAAGUUAUGUAUUGUACAACUAAUGAUACAUUAAAAGAAGGUUUCACUGAAAUAAUUAAAAAUACUUUAUGGUUUGUACAACGCCAAAGCAGUUGUUCAAAAAACUUUAUGCCUAUCAAAUAUUAUAGCAUUUUAGACAAAGUAAAUGCUUUACUUCCAUUGGAUAUAUUUGUUGAUGCUAUAAACUAUAUAUUAACAUUUGUCGACCUCAAAUCUACACAACACAGAACUAUGGAUUUACUGAACAAAAGAUUAUUGGAAUCUAAGUCAUUAACCCAAUAUCAAACGUUAAAAUUACUUGAACCUUUGUCUGAAAUAGUCAAUAUGUCUAGCUUUAAUACAAAAGAAGAUUUGAAUGUUAAACAAACUGCUCUUAUUUCUAUUACAUUGGUCACCAAGUGCUCAAAUAUUAAUGAAAAUGUAGAUGUAUUUAAGGAAAUUCUUCAGAAAGUUACUAAAUCUGUACAAGAAGUAUCUGUUGGUCCAUUGCUUGGAACAUUUGUGCUAUGUAUUGCAGAGUUGGUUUCUAAUUUAAAAACUAAAGCCAUCUCAAGUUUUGCAUCAAUAAUACCAACAGUAAUAUCUGUUCUCCAUAAAUUGAAUGACAUUAGUGUUAUGUCUGAUGGAGCUUUAUUACCAAGUAUUCUGACUGGUUUGCUAAGAAUAAUAUCGGAACUAAAAAAUUUUUUGAGUCCUUAUCUGGUACCUUUAAUCUAUGAACUAUCAUUAUUGUCAGCUACUUGUGAUGACAGUUCAGAAGAUGAAAAUGAUAACUACAAAUCUAUAAUAAGAACUAAAUUUCAACAGUUGGGUGAAAAGUUGUCUGAAAUACCAGGACGAAUUUUAGAACCAGUAUUAAGUAAUACUUUGGUAGAAAUUGUGAGGAACCUAAAAUUUACUGCAUUCCAAUAUGUGUUGAACAUUGCAAAAAAUAGUUUUAAAAAUUCCAUGACUGAAGAAUUUACAACGUUCCUGUUAAAAUCUCUAGAUUUUUGUUGUUUUACUCAUGAGUCCGAAAAUAUAAAAUCGAGUAUGGUGGAGGGUUCAGUUAUAUCUGCAAUAAGUGAAGUAGCAUUAAAAUGUUCUGAAUCAACAUUCCGUACAUUUUAUCAUAAAUUAAAUGAAUGGAAAAAUGGUAAAAAUAAUGAACUCCGUGUAUUAAUCUAUUUUAAAUUAUUAAAUACAUUAUCUAGUGAGCUUAAAGGUUUGUAUCUUUUAUUCGCUGGAAAUUUAAUACCAACAGCUAAUUUGAUUCUAACACAAUGUAAAUCCAACACUAAAACUGAAAAAACAUUGCUUAUUCAAUCUAUAGUGUCAACAUUAUCCAAUGUUUUUAAGUAUGAUACAAUCAAUUUUACAACUAAAGAUCGUUUUGAAAUAAUUAUGAACCCACUAGUUGAUAUUUUAGAAGCUGUAGAAUUGGAAGAUUACAACAAUAUAUGUAAGAAUUAUGUAAUACCAUGUAUAUCCAAUUUAAUAGCUGCUGUAACAGAUGACACUUUAUGGAAGGAUAUUAAUUGCCAGAUUAUGCUUAAAGCUAGACAUCGUUUGCCUGAAGUCCGAUCAAUAUGCAUUGAUACUACAUUAGCUGUAGCAGAGAGAUUGGGAGAAAAUUUCUUACCACUACUUCCAGAUUCAAUACCAUUUUUAGCUGAAUUGAUGGAAGAUGAACAGGAAGAUAUUGAACAAAAAACAAGGAAAGCUAUUCAACAAAUGGAAAAAUAUGUUAAUGAGCCCAUUGAAAGUUAUUUUUGUUAA